GGUAAGAUUGGGAGUACCAAAUAAAGCAACCAUUCUUUUUUUCAACUCUUUACAAAAUGUCAAAUGAAAGCUCAAUACCAAUAGAUGACCCUGAUACUUAUUUUAUCGAGUCAAGUGUUCCUGAUGUUCGUGCUUUCGAACAAAAAACUAGAAAUGACAUUGAGACACAAAAGAAAGAAUUGCGCGCCAUGGUUGGUGAACAGUACCUAGACCUCAUUUCAGCGGCAGAUGCCAUCAUCACCAUGAGCAAGAACGCACAAACCAUUCAAACCAAUUUCGAACGUAUGCAAGCUGCUAGUGAUGUAGAAAGUAUAAAGCUGAAGGCCAAAAGAAUCUUACAAGAGCGAGGUGAACAAAAUAACCAAAGUAAGACUUGUUGGACUUUAAUGUAAAAAGAGUUCGAUUUAUUGACAUGGGAUGUAGCUCGCAUAGACACCAAUCGUAGAUAUGUGUAUAUUAUAGCCGCUCUUGUUAAAGCAUUGGCUGAUGUGCCCGAACAGAUAUGGCAUGCAUUAGAGAAUCACCGUUAUCUUCAUGCAAGCCGAUUAUUUACACUGGCCAAACAA